CUCGGGUAUUAUUAUUAUUCUUCUUGUUGUUUCCUAUUCUGAUUCAUCCCUACCUACUAUACCUACUCUUCCAAAGGACCACUGCUGUUCUGCUUUGUUCUGUUCUCAGCGACGAGCAAGUUCUAACUACAUAAGCCCUCGCUCAUCCAUUUCCACAAAAACCUUGUGGGUGCUGUUUCUGGGCGUGUACGAAAGAAAAAACGGCGAGUGGCGCCCACAGUCCUUAGUCUGGCUCAGGACGGCGAAGAGGUCCAGCCGCGUCAACAGGCUCAAUGGCUCUGGACAUUGAAAAUUGGGGGCCCAAGGGUCGAAACGGAGAGGUUUUCAGCCAUGGUGGCCACCAAAGCAAGCGCGGAGCGUUGGUGGCGCAUCGCCAAGCUGAGUAUAGAACACGGAAGCCUGAUGUACCUGCCAGGUAUAGGUGAAACGCAUCGAGUCCUAGUUUACAUGCUACUCGCCUUGUUCCUCGCAAAUACGAGUAUAAGACACGCAGCUGCUUGCCAGUUUUGGCUUUGUUUGGACGCUGACUUGACCCAUGAGGCGGCUAGUGUCUUCUCUUGCUUUUGCUUUGACCACUGCGAGGCUCCAUGCACUCCGCAAGACCGCAAAGAUGAGUUCGUCGGGCUCCGGCCGCGAGGCAUCAGCUGUCAGGAAACAAUGAAAUACUUGUCGAGUACCACGGUUGUCCGUCUUCAUCGCGGAACAUGCGGCAAGCACGCACCGUUUCCAAUCACGCAACCCUACUGUCUCUCUCAGUGCCAAAAGAAGGCAUCUCCACAAAGCAGCCGGAAACAACCAAGCAUCACGGGCCCUGCCAGCCUGCUGAGGCUCAUCUACACUGGCUCAGACCGAACUGCCAUAAAAGACACUGUCCCCAUACCGUGCCACGAUCCAUCGCCUGUUAAAAGCCCGUGAUCUUUCGCCCUAGAGACUAAGCACUCAGAAGCUUUCUAGCGGACUGUCCGACGGCGUGUCACUAGCUGCCAAAGUCGACUCCAUUCAGAGGGCUCGCCUCUGUCUAGUGCAUCUGUCCAUGUGGCGAUUUGGAUAGUGCACGUAUUGGGACGCUCCGGCAUCUCCCUGUUUGCGGCUCUGACUGGCUGCGAGAGGAGGCACUUGUCAGUGGACCUUGUACCCGCGUAGCAACAUUUGGAAGCUGAAAGAAAGAGAAAAGCCAAAGAGCACAGUUUGAAUAAAGACAGGGUCCGGAACCGGUAAAGCCCAUUCUGGCCUGGAUCCGAUUAUGCAGGCCACGAGCGG